CGAGAUCUUUGAAUUCCCAGUUCCAAGUGUAUAUUAUAGUACUCAACUAAAGCUCUUGCAACAAGUUCUUCUAAACAAUGCCAUCAAGAUUUCUAUGGCUUCUGCUAGCUCUGCUGUGUUUAGCCCUUACACCACGAAGAUCUGGUGGACAGUUAGAGGAAUGGUGCAUAGCUGAUGAGCAGACGCCGGCGGACGAGCUAAAGAUGGCACUUGAUUGGGCUUGUGAGAAGGGAGGUGCAGACUGCAGUAAGAUACAAGAGAACCAAGCUUGCUACUUGCCUAAUACACUGGAGCACCAUGCCUCUUAUGCUUUCAACAAUUACUAUCAAAAGUUCAAGCAGGAAGGUGCAACAUGUUACUUCAAUGCUGCUGCAAUUGUCACUGCCCUUGAUCCAAGUCAUAACUCUUGCAAGUUUGAGUAUCUUCCUUGAUGAAAGGCCUAGAGGAUUUGCAGUGAGCCAGUGAGGUUUGAAGGUGGGAAGCACAUCUAAGAUUUCAGUUUUGUGAAAGCAUUCUUGUAUCACUUUAAAAUCAAAUGAAGUUACUUUUUUUUUUUUUUUUAAUGAAGUUAUCAAUGAGAUGCACUAGGAAGCCUCGAAAAUCAAAAGAAUUGAGGAAAAAAAAAAUUCGGAAGCCACUCUUAUCAGAGCCAGGUUUCGAUCCUGGGACCUGUGGGUUAUGGGCCCACCACGCUUCCGCUGCGCCACUCUGAUUGUUGAAUGCUAUGUCGUUGAGUUCCAUAUAUAAACCAAUGGUUUUGUUGUUCGUUGCUAUAUUCUAGUUUUCUUGGGCCAUGUAGCUAGUUGAUUAGGCCGAACCAAUGCAUACCGAUCUGCAGAGUUCUUUACUGCUUCUGUGCUAGGUGUGGUGGCCAAGUCUGAACAUCUAUCUAUGGAUGACCAUAAUUAAUGUAGCUCAGAAUUGUAAGGAGUGGGAUUCCUUGAUCUCCGGGCCUGC